CGUUGAGUGACACUCCAGCAGCCUAAUCCAGAGAGUGAGGAUGCAGAGCGGCGCUCUGGGUCGAUUCAGCGACCUUUAACUUUUUGUUUCAGGGCUGACUGAGGAAACCCUGCCGACACUUUGUCACUGGACGCUUCAAAUCGCACCCUUUCAGUACCAGCUGCGGGUUUCAUCGGCCUCCUGAACCGGACUUUCGUAGACGUUACGUGGGGACAAUGGAAUCCAACGUUAUCCCGGACAGUAUCCGCCCUCAGAGGCUGCAGCCAGGGAUUGGCUUCGGAUCGGGACCGACGGGGACCCUCCGCUCCUCCUCUCUCCGACCCGGAGUCACGGUCCCGGUCGCGCCGCUGCUUCCCUCCCCGGCCUCACUGUCUGCUUCGUCCGGGCCUCCUCCUCCUCCGCCGCCGCUGCAGCUCCACAGCCUGUACGGAGGAGUGGGAGCGGGGCUGGGGCCGGGGGCCGGCGGCCACUGCAACCCGGGGAACCCGGCGGUGUUGAAGGAGGCGGUGGAGGCUGUGGUCCGCAGCUUCGCCAAACACACGCAGGGUUACGGCAGAGUGAAUGUGGUGGAAGCGCUGCAGGAGUUUUGGCAAAUGAAGCUGACCAGAGGCGCCGACUUAAGAAACGGAGCUCUGGUCGUUUAUGAAAUGGUCCCAUCAAACAGCCCUCCGUACGUCUGCUACGUCAGCCUUCCAGGCGGCAGCUGCUUCGGAAGCUUCCAGUUCUGUCCAGCGAAGGCGGAGGCGAGGCGCAGCGCCGCCAAGAUCGCCCUGAUGAACUCGGUUUUUAACGAGCACCCCUCCCGCCGGAUCACGGACGACUUUAUUGAGAAGAGUGUGAAUGAAGCGCUGGCCUCCUUCAAUGGAAACAGAGAAGAGGCUGACAAUCCCAACACAGGGAUCGGGGCAUUUCGCUUCAUGCUGGAGUCCAACAAAGGAAAAUCCAUGCUGGAGUUCCAGGAGCUGAUGACCGUGUUCCAGCUGCUGCACUGGAACGGGAGCCUCAAAGCCAUGAGAGAGCGACAGUGUUCCCGACAGGAGGUGCUGGCUCACUACUCUCACCGGGCCUUGGACGACGACAUGCGCACCCAGAUGGCAGCCGACUGGGUGAACCGGGAGCAGAGCGUGGCGGGAACCAUUGCUCAGGAGCUGGCCUCGACAGAGCGGGAGCUGGAGGACGCCAGGCUGGCGGGUAGAGAACUGCGGUUUUACAAAGAAAAGAAGGACAUCCUGAUGUUGGCUGUGGGUCAACUCAGUGCAGCCAACGCGGCGACUCUGCCCUCGCACUAAAACAAACCCCUCACAACGCCGCAGGAUUCCUUGGAAACAGUGUUGAUCACUUUUUAAGAUGUGUUUUGUAACGAGGAUCAGGUAAUCGGCUUUCAGCUUACUUUUUGUUAAGGAAAGAAAAACUUGUAUCUAAACUCUUUGUGCCUAGUGAUCACAGGUUGCUUUUAUUUUAUUUGUCUGUUUAGAAAACCUGCAUGGCAUAAGAGUGUGAAUAGGGGGUUUUACAUUUUUUUUUAACGUUUUUAUAUUUUAAAGGCCAUCAAUUGCCAAAAACAGAGGUCAGGAAAAUACAUUCCCUCAAUUCAGGAAACCGUGCGCUUGGAUUUGUUAAAAAUGUUGAUCUCCAUGCCUAGCAGAUGUGUUAUGUUGGUUUCCAGCGUGGAUUUGAUAGAGUGAAUAAAAGUCACAAGUGUCAGAUUGAGACUCAGUAUCAGCAAGUAAAAGAUUUGGAUCAGGAGCAUAGAAAAUAACUUUCAUAUGCCUAGUUUGACUUGUUAAUUAGUUGGUAAUUCUUGAGUUUUCAAACUCCACUAAACAAUGAUGUUCUCAAACAGUAUGAUUUCUGAUGGAAAAUCUGUGCACCAAGUUUUCCGAACUGAAGACAUUUCUGAUUUCUGAAGAUGAAACCUGUUUCCAGAGCACUUUUUUAAUGGAACCAGGGCAGUUUUCCGAGGUCACAUUUCACCCAUCUCUGUCUCCACUGCAUUUACAAGAGUAAAACCAGCUUAUCAAGGUGCUUUUGAUAUUACCCUGAACCUUCUGGGUGGACCUUUUUGGCAGAAGGAUGUUAAUUAGUUCAAAGAAUCGAUUAUAAUUUCAGAUUUUUUUUUUUUCUUGCAAAGGUGGACCUUUUUCUCCUCUCUCUCCCACUCAGGUGGCUGAGCAGUUUCAAAUUUCCCCCAAGUUUGACAGUUUUUAUUUUUUACGUUUAGAACAUAACCGCUGUGAUGCAGUAUGUAAUUAAUGCCCUGAAAUCGCUGUGUCCUACUGCAGUCUGGAGCAGCCUCUCCCAAUGUUGAAGCGAGUUUUAAAAUUACGUUGGCAAACAUCUGUACACCCGGAAGUUGACAGAUUUAUCUGGUUAUACAUCCAUAUAAUUGUGGUUGUGACAACGCUCCGGUAAGCAGUAGCUGCUGAGGUUGAGUGACAAUGUUGGCAUCGGUGGGCAUGUUUUACAUAAACAGCCUGGCAGUCAAAAGGCAGAUGAAAAACAGCUCAUUGGAGAUUGAGGGUUCAGGGUAACUAGGUUCUGAGUGAUAAAGGUUCAGGGUAGCAUCAUUCAAGCAAGCCUUAAAGGAACAGAUUUUUUCAACAGCUGUUUUUUUAUUUCAACCCCUGACACCUGGCGGGCUGUGUAGCAUUUACUCAAAGUGAACAUAGAGAAACAAAAUCUUGUGAUUGAUCAGUGAAUGUAAGGGUCUCAGAUUACCCAUAAACCCCACCAUACAUGAUACCUGGAUCCAGCCAGUUCUUGAAUACCGUAAAUGUGAUCUGUAUCGUAAACACAACCAUAGAGAGGACCACAUUAUCUAAACAAUUUUCUCAAACUAAAGUUUUAAAAAUUAAUUAUUAGCAUAUGAGGAAACCUCAGUAUAUGGGUACUUUUGACUCUGACAGCACAGUUUUUACAAAAAUCACACAGAGAAGCAAGUCUUUGUUGUGUUUUGGUGUUUUUGUGUGUGAACAAUUUUGGUUGUUUUAGAGCUUUUUAUAUGAUUUGUUGGCCUGACACUAGCCGAAUGUAUAUUAUAGCGUGCUAUCAACUUUAUAACUGGCAAAGCAAUGCUGUUACAAUAUAAUAGGUCAUUUUUACAGCAAUGCAAAGUUUAAAAAGUCAGUGCUCAGCAAGUGUAAAAUAAAAAUGGAUUGUCUUGCCAUGUUUGGGACGUAGAAAAUAAAAGUCAGAAUAUUAGCUUGGACCUGAA